AUGAGGGACAAGCACCUGAUGAGCGCGGACUUUUUUGACGCCGAAAAAUUUACCAGCAUCACAUUCAAAAGCACCGGCAUUAAGAAGGUAUCUAAAGAUGUGUAUAAGCUGACCGGCAACCUCACGAUGCAUGGUGUGACCAAACCGGUGAGCAUGGACCUGUACUAUCGUGGAACCAUACAGCACCCCAUGUCUAAAAAGGCAACAGCAGGCUUCCGUUUAACCGGCAAGAUCAAACGUUCUGACUUUGAACUCGGCAGCAAAUUUCCUGCACCUAUGCUGAGCGAUGAAGUGAUUAUUAAUGCCAAUGGCGAGUUUGCCCAAUAA